CUUUCCUCUAUUAUGUGUAGAGUCUGACUUUGCCGUAAAAGAGGAUCGAACAAGAGGAAAUCAAACAUCAUGACGUCAUGUGUCGCGUUAUUACUAGUAACAUCUCCACAGUGAUUGCGGACGCAGAUGUCAGACAGCGAAAAGGGAUGCGUUUAAUCGCGACGAUCGCUACUUAAAGCCAAGCUAACAUUACCUACAAACUCCUCGUUCCAUUUCCAGAUCGCACUUCCGUGAUUUCCGGGAUUUGACGCGCGCCAUGUUCAUUUGCGCGCAAUUGGAGAGGAUCCACCGGCUGGCGAUCAAUCGUAUCGCGAUGCCGCGGUCAGGACCAAUCGACAAUCGAUCGUUUUCGCCCUCUCCCCCACCAAUUUAUUCAGGGAAAUCCUAAUUGCGCAUCCCGCUGAGAACGCGACUUUAUGGCGUUUCGCGCUAAAAGUCAGUCGGCUCGAAUUCGAAAAUCGGAUCGAGCGAGCAAGGACGAGUGGACGAAAUCCCGCCACACAGCAGCAGCAGCAGCAGCAUGAACGUCGGUAGCGAUAUCGCGCAGCUGUCCUACAAGGAGCUGCAGGCCCUAGCCCUGAGGUACCACGUACCGGGUAACAUCAAGAAGAAAGUGCUAGUAAAAGUCUUACAAGCUGCUAGAAGUGGAAACGAUGCGGAGUACUGCCGAUUGCUGCAGGAGUUGAGGAAAAGUCGCAAGAGAAAAGCGAGGAAGUCAAAGGACUCCAAACUUGGAAUAACAUCGACACCAUUGCACAGUCCUGACUAUAUGAUGGCUGAUGAUGAUUAUUACUGCCAACAACAGCAACAGCAAUCGCAGCAACAGUCGCCUUAUCAAUGGUGUUUUCCGUUUUUGCAGAUUGGUGCGGAGGAGGAGAUUGCGAGCAAGGAGGAUGAUACUAAGAUCCCACAUUACGAAGAGUUUAAGCAAUUUCUGCUCAAGAAGAUUCAACGGGAAUUUCAAACGUGUGACAAUAAUAAUAAUAACCAAGUGCAGGAUUUGAAUAUUGUGGAUUUGCGAACGGCAACUAUGUCACCCAAUCUGCAAACGAUUCCUUUAGUUGAGCCAAGCUACCCGAAAACGAAUCUAAUCAAUGAUACAGAUCCUCUAGCAAUCUCAUCAAACGACAGAGCGAGCUAUCAAGUACUGAAAGAACCCGAAGGGAGCUUACAGGGUUCCUUCUUAUUGAAGAGGAUGCUACAAGCGCCGGUAGGUGCCAAUCUAGGCGAGAUCGCCAGUUCUCUGUUCUGGGCUAGCAAUUUGUUAGACAAUUCUGAUACUCUGACCGCCGAAUCGGAAAGCAACGAGAAUGAGGAUCAACUGGACACGAAUCCUAAUGAAUAUUACGGUUUACUGAAGAACUCUAAGGGUGAAUUUCUGCUGAAUGAAGCAAAUUUGGCACCCCAACAAGUCUCAGGUGUAUUAGCCGGUGAUAAUCAGUAUAGGUUUCCCAGUGAUGUGGACAAUCGGCCGAACUCUUAUCAAAACUGGACAAUUACCAGUGUGAUGGAGGUACCUGAUGGUGAUCUGCAAUCUUCUAAAGUGUUUCAUGCAAUUUAUUACAACAACACAGAUUCUACUAUGGCUACCGCAAACAUGGAUAACAAUCUGGCUUAUCAAUAUCAGACUGAUACUGCCUGUAAUAACGGUCAAAAUUUCUUCAAUUAUGAUACACAGGACGUAAAUUACACAACUGGUGCAGAUAUAAUAACUAAUGAGCCAUCUGAUAUUUAUUAUCUCCAAAAUUUUGGCAAACACAGCGGGGAGAUGAGCACAAGUUAUCUUCAUAAUGUUGACACCUUUGGACAGAAUAAUGUGCAGCAAAAUGUCUACACGAACGAUCAGCAAUAUCAGUAUCUUCAGUAUUCUCGAUUUCAGGAGACGAACAAUCUAUUGAAUGAGAGAUUGGAGCAAUCGCAGAGCAAUAUUAUGACAGGAGUAGAAAAUAAUAUUAAUCAGGAAUCUGGUACGGGAAAUUUGCAGAGAUCGACAAAUGGAAUAGUGGAGCCGUUCUGGCCGAAGUGGAUCCCCGAAGCCAACAACAAUCUGGAGAAUCUUCUAAACUAUCAUGUAUCCAAACAAGUGGAUUAUUCCAAAUUAAGCCAAACAUCCUGUGUUUAUUGCUAUGUGGCUCCCAUUGUAUCGCAACAAUCCAGCCCGGCAAUUAAUGGUUGCUCGAUUGAACGAAGAUAUACCGCUGAACAACGGCAACACUCCUUCUCGCCCUACUGGAUGCUGUAUAACGACACGUCACAAGGUAUGCGAAUGACGAAUGUGUUCGGCAAUUCGCUAGAACAACCUACGUCGACGCAUGCGACCAUCAUUUCUAGCAACGACGAUCUAAGGGAGACACCCAAUAACGCUCCCAUCAAUGAUGUGUGGAUGACUCAGUACGAGCCAGCAUCGAUUGUUGAUGAUAUGAAUAUCCAGGUUUCGGACUCGCUGUUCUACAACGUCACUACCGAUCGAAUUGACGAUAUUCCAGACAUGGCGAAGACUUAAAACUCGCGCGAGAAAUAUUUACGACAAUAAACCAAUAACUAAAAUAAAAUCGUGAUUUUUAAAUGAAACGGAUAACGUUUUCCAACCGCGAAAUGACGACGGAUGAUUGUUUCUUGGGAUAAUUACGAUUCUCUUCCGUUCCUAAACUACGGAAGAAUUUUGUUGUUCCAGUUAAAAACAACUAAAGCACGUGCGUUUUUACGUGAAUGUAGUAAAUGACGCUUAAGCAAUUAUUUUAUGAGACUGCCGCUUGGUGCGAAAUACACCAAUAUGCUCUUCUAUUUCUGCGUCAUCGCUAAGUGACACACGCAAUUAUUUCACCGGCUGGAACGGGAGUGAUAUCUGAACAGAGAACGAUAGCAGAAAUGGAAAUUGAAUAAUCGAUAUUAUCUUGGAAGAUAGACGAAUAGAUCUAUCUUCGAACAUACACAACGCUUCUACCAUAGAUCAUUGGAAAGUCCUAUUUUGAAGCACAGAAGCUUCAG